ACACCCGGGGGCAGUUCGAACUGCAUCAUCCACUGCGGGUGGGCGAUCGGAAUGCGAUGCGCAUGGGGCCCCCGGCUAAGGCCGUAGUUAAAAGCUUAGUAGGGGUCGAUCUUCCGGAUACGAUGGGCCUUGUCGUUCCUUGACCGAGGGGAUCGACAUUUCCGACACGCUGCCACAAUCCUAAGUCACUCGAGACCCUUUUCCUCCGUCCAACUAAUCCAGGGUCCUCGUUCCCUUAUCUGCUAGUCCAACAACGAUGACGCGAUCGGCCGGGGCAAUUGGCAUCACCUCCCCACUUUUCAGCAGUAUUUAUUCCCUGCUCCCUGCCAAAUCACCCGUUUGUCUCAGCGCGCGCGAGUGCCUCUAUCCCGCCACACCACCAUGGUCCGCUGGGGAAUUCUCGGAACCGGCGACAACGCCCUCAAAUUCGGCAAAGAUCUACUGAUCGACCCGACCACCCGCGACGUGCACGAUGUGACCCACGACCUCCUAGCCGUUGCCUCUUCGACCUCCCUCGACAAGGCCCAAUCCUUCCUUUCGGCCGUUCGGGCGCCCUCGACCGCCCGGGCCUACGGAUCCUAUGAGGCCCUCCUUGCCGAUCCCGAAGUCGAGAUCGUCUACAUCGCCUCGCCCCAUUCACACCACUUUCCCCAUGCUCGGCAGGCCUUGUCUGCCAAUAAACAUGUCUUGUUGGAGAAAGCGUUUACCGUGAAUGGCGCGCAAGCUCAGAUUCUCGUGGACCUAGCCAAAGAACGAGGGUUGUUUUUGAUGGAAGCUUUAUGGACGCGCUUCUUCCCAUUGACGCGCCAUGUGCAGCAACUCGUCCGGGAUGGGAAAAUCGGUACCGUCCAGCGCGUGGUCGCGGAGCGGAAUUUGGGCAGGAAUGUGGAGCGACUCUAUGGCACUUCGCAUCGAUUGGUCAAUCCUGAUUUAGCCGGGGGAGCACUGUUGGAUCUGGCCGUGUAUCCCCUUACCUGGGUCCGACUCUUCCUGCCCUCGGAGGGAGACUCGCGUGUCACGAGCGCGGUAAUUCCCUACGAGGCAACCGGAGUCGACGAAACCGUGACAGUGGUGAUCACCUCCCCUGCAACAAAGACGCAGGGCAUCGCGACCGCCAGUCUGCGCCUCACGGCCGAUCCCAGCGAGCCGGGGGUGCGUAUUCUUGGCACGCAGGGUCAGAUCCAGGUGUUUGGGCCCGCUGCUCGCCCGGACUGGAUCCGCGUGGUCACGUACGGAUCGGCGAAGGCGCCCGAGACGAUCAACUUUCCAAUCCCUGUGGGCCAUGGCCUGUUCUGGGAGGCGGAUGAAGGUGCUAAGUGCAUUCGGGCGGGGCGGUUGGAGUCGGCGACGAUGCCGUUGGGGGAUACGACGUGGAUGAUGAAUGUGUUGGAUCAGGUGCGCCAGCAGCAUGGCUUGCGGUAUCCGGAGGAACUGGAGUCGACGGGGGUUUGAGGCGGGGGUGUGGGAUGGGAAGAUCGAUAUUUCCUGAGUGUCCACGUACAUGUGGGAAUCACGGAGAAAGGGAAAUUCAUGCUAGCUAGAGCUGAUCGAAAGUACUAGACAUGAGGUCUGGCAUGAGUUGCAGCGACCGCGUAAAGCCAAAGGAGCGCCCUGAGCGGGAGCGGA